AUUUUAAAAUCCAGUUUCAGCAUGGAGACCCUAUUCAGUUGCUUGGUACGGCUAUUGGAAGUGAGAUCUUACAAAAUCUUCCAGCUUGUCAUGAGGCACAGUGGGAUUGGCCCAGAGGGGCAAAAAGGCGACAGCCCAUGGAGCAUCGAGAACGACCACAAGCCUGACAACCGCCAUCUUCUCGGUUCCGGCAGAAGACUACCAGGACCAUAAUGCAACGGUGCGCCGAGCCAAUGGAUCGCAUCUCGCUGCACAAAUGCAGGGAGAUCCAAUUCCCAGGGAGCAGCGGGCGGAAGACUACGAGGCCCAUCAGGCAAGCCACGGACCUCUUCCGAUGACUGGCCUAGCUCUGGCAAACCUGCCCGUGCCCAGGAUCCUCCGCGCGCAAGAUGGAGGCGCCGGGAGCGGAAGCGGAGCAGAGGAGGUGCUAGGCCCUACGCCCCCUCGGUCUUCCGUGAGGACCGUACCAGUCCGAAGAAGGAAGCUCACGGUCCUACCCAGCAAAUGCGUAUUGCCUUUUCUCGCCGUGACCAUGGGGGCGUACUGAAAGAGCCUUUGAUCUGAUAGGCAACCCCAGCCUUUCGCAGCCCUGACUUGGAACCUCCCCGAGGACUGCAGUGUAAGCGCGGUCUCUGCGUUCCGACCGAGGCACGAGGCCAGUCAGGCAGGUCCCUCUGUCCCGACAGGUGGGACACUGAGCACUCCAUGCCAGCGGGCGCAGGGAGGCGUGGCCUCCCCCAGGGCCGCCACCUCUGCUGGUUGCUCUGCGCUUUCACUUUAAGGCUCUGCCAAGCAGAAGCUCCCGUGCGGGAGGAGAAGCUGUCAGUGAGCACCUCAAGUUUGCUGUGCUGGCUGGUGGAAGAGUUUGUGGUGGCGGAAGAGUGUGCUCCAUGUUCUAAUUUCCAGGCUAAAACCACCCCCGAGUGUGGCUCCACCGGGUAUGUGGAGAAAAUCACAUGUAGCUCAUCUAAGAGGAGCGAGUUCAAAAGCUGCCGCUCAGCUCUGAUGGAACAACACUUAUUCUGGAAAUUCGAAGGGACUGUCAUAGGUGUGGCCUUGGUCUUUGCUUGCCUUGUCAUUGUUCGUCAGCGACAACUGGACAGAAAGGCGCUGGAAAAGGUCCGGAAGCAAAUUGAGUCCAUAUAGCUACCUCCUCCCCUUUCAUCUGGGUCUUAGAGACCCUGCCUCAGACAAAGUGGAAUGAACUGACUCGUGCCCCUGGUUCUCUGGAACCUGGUGGUGGCACCCCCUUUCUCCCAUCUUCCUCGUCUAAAUCAUUAAUGAGCAGAAUAAAAAGAGUAAAAUCGUU